AUGCAACGUCAACGUUUUAUAUCUGAUAUCUCUACAAAUACAUCUGAUACUACUACCACAACAGCUACACAAAAUGAAUUUUUCUCAAAUAUUGAAGAUGAAUUAAAUAAAACACUUGACAAUGAAAUAGAACAAUUAGUAAUCAGUUUUCGUGAUAUGGUUAAAGCUGCAGGAUUUGAUGUUAGUUUAAGAAUUCUUGGAAGAGAUGAUAAUAGGGUUGAAAAAGAUAAAUAUAGAAAUGCAUUGGAUGAAUAUAUUGGUGAAUUACGAGCUGCAAACUUGGAAAGAGCUUGUCAAACUCUUCUUACCAUGACACAUGACUUAAAGACAACGCUUUUAUUGAACGAUACAAAAACUUUAAUGCAAUUACGAGAAACUCGCAAGAAUGCUUUAAAUGAUAGAACUCAAAAAAUAAAGAGUAAAAUUGUAAAACUAAAUGAUGCAAUUAGUGAAGCGAUUUGGGAAAUGGAAA